AUGGCAGGUAGCCUCAGCAAUGUGAGCAGCUAUGAGACGCAGUUCAUGCAGUGCAUCCCAGUGGGUGGAGUCAGUGUGAAAGCAGAGGACCUCCUCAGAAAUAGCAAUGUGUUGAAUGCAAUGGAACAUUCACCAGUAGUUAGAGGUACAAAUUAUGUGGAGGCCACAGUGCCCAAUUCAAAUGUUGUUGCUGAUGGAGGUAUACAGGAAGUUAUGUGCCCCAGCAGUGUGAAUGUAUUAAAUAGUGAGCAGGAGGUAAAUCCUGUAUCAGAUGUUGUUUUGGGUAACGAUGUUGAUAUGCAGCACAAGGCUGCAGAAUGUGUUCUUAAUAAGGAAGCUACAGGUGUUGAUAUUGUGAUUGAAACUGUGAGGGAUUCUGUUGAUUCAAGUAAGUUUAUGUCUGUUGAUAACAGUGUGAGUGAAGAAGCUCGGCAUACGCAUUUUUUUAAGGAAGCAUGGGAGAAUAAAGCAGAGAGUGAUUUUGAUUCUGAUGAUUGGAUAGCCAGGGCAAAAUGGUUUCAGAAGUGUGCACCUGAUGAUUGGGAGACUAGCAAGCAUGAUUAUGUCAGUGAAGAGCAGGUGUGCACCAAGGCUAAAGAUUACAUACAAGAUACAGAAGAGGACUUAUUGACCAAAACUGAAUUGAAGCAUGAUUUUAUUGAAGAGGUGCACGCGCGCACGCAUACUGGAGAGAAGCCGUUCCAGUGCGCCGAAUGCGGUAAAGCAUUCACCCAGGUGCGCAACUACAAGUACCACGUGUCGGUGCACGCGGGAACGCAAGAGUUCGCCGCGGUGUGCCCAGAGUGCGGCAAGGUGUUCAACAACGGCGGCUACCUCAGCACGCACAUGAAGAUCCACCGCAACCGGAAAGAGUAUGCGUGCGCAGAAUGCGGGCGGCGCUUCAACCAGCGCGUCACCUGCAACACGCACAUGCGCACACACACAGGGCUGCGACCUCAUGUGUGCACUCUGUGUGACAAGGCCUUCACGCGCAAGGCGCUGCUCAUCCAGCACGUGCGCACGCACACCGGUGAGAAGCCCUUCACCUGCGAGGUGUGCGGGAAGCGGUUCGCGGACCGCAGCAAUAUGAUGCUCCACCUACGCCUGCACUCGGGCAUCAGGCCGUACAGCUGCUGCCAGUGCGGCAAGGCGUUCACCAAGAAGCACCACCUGGAGGCGCACAUGUCCUGCCACACGGGGCUGCGGCCGCACGCCUGCGACCGCUGCGGCGCGCGCUUCAGCCAGCCCGGCAACAUGCGCACGCACCGCAAGAAGUGCACCGCGCCGGGUCCGCCCCGCGGGGGCGGGGGCGGCGUCGAGGGAAGUCGUGGAGCCACGUCGCCCCGGUUGAUGCUUGAUGGCCUGUCAGACGGCUGGGAAGACGGAGGUCGAGGCAGGCAUGCUGUCGGUCUUACUGGCCGUGGCAGGAAUCCAGCCGCUGCCGCGUGCAGUCGCUGGCUGUCAAAGAAGCUGUUCCGCUAG